UUCAACAACAACAGCUUGUCAUACACCUCGGUAGCUUUCUUGCAAACAUAGCUACAACAUUCACGCUCUUUACACUGUUUUGGUGUAUAUUAGUUGCUGUGUAUAAAACACACGUCUGUCGUAUGUACUUGUUGGCCCAUUUGAUUAUAUAUUUACGUUGUUUGUCAGCUAGCUGGUUUGCUAAGUUAGCUUAGAACUUGGCAAGUCGCUAAUGCUAACAUCCCCGACCAUGAGUUCACUAAGAUACUCUUCUGAUAAAGAAGAGGAGGUCUGCUGGACGGAGAAAGUAACUCUCGUUAAAGAGGAGGAGGAAGAGGAGGCUGUUUCAAUAAAAAAACAAGUGAAGGGUGAGGCUGUUACAGUGAAAGAAGAAGAGAAAGACGUUUCAGUGAAAGAAGAGGAAGACUCGUUCAGAGUGAAAGAGGAGGAGGAUGUUACAGUGGAGAAAGAGAAAGAGGAGGAAGGGGAGAUGAUCACAUCCAAAAAGGUGGAAACUGGAUAUCUGGUCCCGGUUAUCCAAACUCAUCUUAAGGCAACCAAUGGUUCUAACGAUGAACUGAGCCGUAAGAUGGUUUUGAGAAACGGUGCUCUGAUUAACACUAGAGAGAGACGGGACUAUCGUGGGUCCUCUGGGGAGCCUCAACAACCUCAUGAUGCUGACAAGGCAGAGAAGACUCUCUCCAGAUCAGAACACGUCAAGAAACCCCAGCAGAGAUCCACAGGGAAGAGAACUCACUGCUGCUCUGACUGUGGGAAGAGAUUCACCACCUCAUCAGGCAUUAAAAUUCAUCAGAGAAUCCACACAGGAGAGAAACCUCACGGCUGUGAUCAAUGUGGGAGGAGUUUUGUUCAAUAUGGCCAUCUGAAGAUACACCAGAGAACACACACAGGAGAGAAACCAUAUAGCUGUACUCAAUGUGGGAAGAGUUUUAGUCAUUCAACCAGCCUGAUAUCACACCAGAGAACACACACAGGAGAGAAACCUUAUAGCUGUGAUGAAUGUGGGGAGAUUUUUACUCAGCUAAGCAGCCUGAUAUCACACCAGAGAACACACACAGGAGUGAAACCGUACAGCUGUGAUGAAUGUGGGAAGAGUUUUACUCAGCUAAGCAGCCUGAUAUCACACCAGAGAACACACACAGGCGAGAAACCUUAUAGCUGUUCUGAAUGUGGGAAGAGUUUUACUCAGCUAAGCAGCCUGAUAUCACACCAGAGAACACACACAGGAGAGAAACCUUAUAGCUGUGAUGAAUGUGGGAAGAUGUUUACUAGGUCGAGCAAUCUGACUCUACACCAGAGAAUACAUACAGGAGAGAAACCUUUCAGCUGUACUCAAUGUGGGAAGAGUUUUACUAAGCUAAGCAACCUCAUAUCACACCAGAGAACACACACAGGAGAGAAACCCUAUAGCUGUGAUCAAUGUGGGAAGAGUUUUGUUCAAUCUAGCUAUCUGAAGAUACACCAGAGAACACACACAGGAGAGAAACCUUUUAGCUGUACUCAAUGUGGGAAGAGUUUUAUUUCAUCUAGCCUUCUGACAGUACACCAGAGAACACACACAGGAGAGAAUCCUUAUAGCUGUAAUCAAUGUGUGAAAAGUUUUGCUACAUCUGGGCAGCUGACGAUACACCAGAGAACACACACACAAUAGAAAUCUUUUUGCUCUAAUUGAUGUGGGAAGAGUUUUACUCGGUUAAACAGCCUGGUAUGACACCAGAGAACACACAGGAGAGAAAUAUCUUAGCUGUAAUCAAUGUGGGAAGAGAUACUCUGAUAAAAGUUAUCUGAUCAAACAUCAGAAAAUACAUGGAGUUGUUUCAUGAUAUCAAUGAAAUCAUGUCACAAUGUAGAAUGUUUUAACAUUGUAGUAGGAGUAUUUUAAUGAUGUCACAAUGUAGAAGCCUAAAUGUUUGCCCCUUUAUCAAUUGAUUUCAACAUGAUAUAGAUAUUAGCCUCAGGGGGAAAAUCCAGGCUCAGAAUUGAAAGUUGAGUUGUGUUACAACUUACCACGUUGAUGACCGACUUGAAUCAAAAUGCAACACUCCAAAAUGUAGCUAGCUGUUUUCUUCAAAUUGUCCUCUAUCCAGUGAUGUACACAUUUCUCCCAGAUUCCGUGUGUUUUUUGAGCUGUUAGUUUUAACAGGACUUGCAACCUUAUCUCCCUCCUUUCGCAGUUGAUUUCAACAUGAUAUCGAUGAGUUAUGACACAUAAGUGUUGCAUUCCUUUGUUUAGCGACCCCUAAAUUUAAAUGCAUCACUUCAAAAUGUAGCUGAAUAUCUUAUGCAGGUUGUCCUCUAACCAGCGAGGUAAAAGAUAUCUCAAAGUUCCAUGUGUUUUUUAGUUGUGUUAGUUUCAACAGCAUGUACAACAGAGUCGAUAUUAGUGAUGUAUUGCUACUCAAAACAACAACGUUUCUGGUGCUUGUGCAGUUUAUAUGGUGCUUGUUUAAACAAAUACAAGUAAUAUGAUUAUUGUGGCAGAUGUUUGUGGAUAUUGCACAUUUUAUGUUUAGGUUUUCAAUUUAUCCCAAACUGUUUCUGCAUAUUAGUUAUUGAUUUGGACAGGUUAAAACUGUGGUUUGACAUCGGGAUAUCCCACCUAGCAAAAUGUAAUUGAAAAGAUGUUGAAAAGAAGACUAUGCCCGAUAUAUGUAUUUUCGGGUCGUUUUUUCAGUGACUUGAAAAUAACAAUUUCAACUUACUUGCAGGUAGCCUAGUGGUUAGAGCUUUGGGUCGUCAUUGUAAGCCAGAAUUAGUUCUUAACUGACUUAUUUACAUUGACGGCCUACCAGGGUAUAAUAAAUUGGUCUAUAAUCAAUUUUAUUAACAAUCGUACAUUACUCCAGUAUUUAUUGACAACGCUCAAGUGCUAAUUGUCUUUAUUCCACUACUGAUGAAGCAUGACUCAAAUCACCUCAUAUUUCAAACAUCCAGCCUGACAAAACAUAUAUGUUUUAUUAUUCCAUGCCUCACCAUCAAGUUAAUUAUUGCCAAUUGUGCUGACAUCCUGUUAGAAGGUAACAGAUUAUUUUAUUACAAUGGUUAAAUUGGAUUUUAAUUGUGUUCAAUGGUGUUAUUUGCCCCCUAGUGGAUGUUUCUGCUACUUAGAAUGACUACCAAACUGGAAGUAGAGAAUUUGUUCUGCACGCAUAGAAGCAGCUACAAACAACGCUACGGUGCAGGUCUUUCAAUGUAGUUAUGUCUUGUCACGCUUCAGCCUUGGAAAAUAUUUGUAAGUUCGAUUCAAGCAUUUAGCUAAUGAUGAUAAUCUUGUCAUUGAUAGAGUCGCUUACAUAUCAAUGUUGGUUGGUUGCAUUUACUCACAAAUUGCAAUGCCUUUCAUGUAUGUCGUUAGCUGUAUUAAUUUGCUCGUGCGUCAUGCAAACGAAUUGUAAAAUAUACAAUACUGUAGUUUUGUUACUGUUUCUAGUGUAAUAUGCUUUGUUAUUCUACAUAAAUAGUUGUACAUUAUUAGAGUAAUGAAAGGAGCCAAUUACCAUAUGAGUAACAAUAAGCUAUAUGGUUUGGCAUCAUGCCAGAUGCAUGGUACCUUAGCACGUGCUUUGUAUUUAUGCAACUUCAGAUGUAUAAUGUACAGCUACAGUAUGUCGGUGUGAAUUGAAUACUAAAGUAUAUUCUUUUCUGUAUUUUGCAGUUUCACAACAUAAACAUUUUCAAUAUAUUAAUUCAAGAAAAGUCACGCCUUGGGAGUUUUAUUGAAGACUUAGUUGUUAGCUAUCUGUCUAGUUUUGCAUGGGAACGCAACUCAAGGGCAGAAUACCAAUACAUAUUAACAAAGGGGUGUACAUUUGGUUUUGAUAUUUCAUAUUUACAAUUAUGUAAGAUUUAGUAAUCAUAGUUAUUCAUGCAACCAACUUAAAAAUUUUGGGUACAAUUAUAUUGACAUUGUUACCCUGCUUUUAUAUCCAACAACAUGCCUAUCGAGUGAACCCUGAGAAGAGAGAGAAGCUCCGCAGUGAGGUGGAAAGUUACUACGGAUAUCGCAGGAGUUUCUUCUUGAAAUCAGAUAUGUCUGUGAUCGUUUCCGGGGAUUGGUAUGGCAAAUACCUUACGAUUUGCCUGGACUGAAAAGGAGAUGGAGCCGUGGAGUAGAGAGACGUUUGGAAGAACCAUUUUGAUGGGAUACCUCAGGAUAGAGGUGAAGGAAGUGCUCUGCCUUCAAGGGAACCCGAUUGAGAAGGCUUUCGAUGUGACGUUUCAAAAAGAAGAAAAACAUGACGAAGUGAUGAAGAUGGCAAAGGAAGCGGAGAAAACGGGACCCCUGUGCCAUUAUGCGGUGACCAGCCUGGCGAAGAACAACUUCAGGGUGGUCACCGUAACCAUGUACAAUCUGCAUGUGAAGGAUGAAGAGGUGAGGGCCUUUCUGGGGAGAUAUAUGGACAAUGUCUCCUCAGCGAGGUACCUCAGGGACUCCCUGGGUUUCCAGGCGUUACUCAGGGAGUCCCCGAAGAGUGUGGAUGGCUACCUCCAUCCUCCGGCGAUGUUCUCCCUGGGGGCUGACAGGGGAACACUCUACUAUGCACGUCAGCCCCCGUUCUGCAGGCGUUGUAUGGCCUUUGUUCAUACCCUGGCCUCGUGCAGUAACAAGAAAUGUCGGUUUUGUGGGUCGGAAGAGCACGAGGCCAGGGACUGUGACGAGCCCAAGGCUUGCCACGGAUGUGGCUCCAGAGAACACCUGUGGCGUGAUUGCCCGGCUCGUCACAGGUCAUACGCGUC